AUGCCAAGCCCCUCCUCUCUCGCGCGGCCGCUGCUGCCGCUGUGGCUGCUGCUGCUGCUGCUGCUGCUGCUGCCGCCGCCGUGGCCUGUCUGGGCUCAAGCGUCUGCUGCGACCGCCCCCGCGGGAACCCCGGGAGCCCGGGACUGUCCUGAGGCAUGUGCGUGCGCUUCGGACGGCCAGGCCAACUGCUCAGGGCGCGCGCUGCCCGCGGUGCCGGCUGGCCUGAGCUGGAGCGUGCGCGCGCUGCUGCUGGAUCGCAACCGUGUGCGCGCGCUGCCGCCCGGAGCUUUCGUGGGUGCUGGCGCGCUGCUGCGCCUGGAUCUGCGCGAGAACGGGCUGCGCUGGGUGCACGCGCGAGCCUUUUGGGGUCUGGGCGCGCUGCAGCAACUCGACCUUAGCGCCAACCAGCUGGAGGCGCUGGCACCUGGCACCUUCGCGUCUCUGCGCGCGCUGUGCAAACUCUCGCUAGCGGACAAUCGGUUGGCGCGCCUGGAGCCUGCGACGCUGGGCGCACUCCCGCUGCUGCGUGCGCUCAGCCUGCAGGACAACGAGCUGACUGCGCUCGCGCCCGGCCUGCUGGCCGGCCUACCGGCCCUCAACACACUGCGCCUGCGCGGCAAUCCCUGGGCCUGCGGCUGCGCCCUGCGCCCGCUCUGCGCCUGGCUGCGCAGGCACCCGCGGCCCGCGCCAGAGGCCGAGACGUUGCUCUGCGUGUCGCCGGGGCUCCAGACACUCCGCCCCUUGACCGCCUUCUCCGACACCGUCUUCCGCAGCUGCGUGCAGCCACUCGCUCCGCGGGACCUGGUCGUGGUCUACGCGCUGGGGCCCGUCUCCUUCCUCGCCAGUCUGGCCACCUGCCUGGCGCUGGGCUCCGUGCUCACCGCCUGCCGCGCGCGCCGCCAACGCGCCGCCGCCUGCCGCCCGCGGAGGAGGCCUCCGAAACCCGGCCGCGGCGGAGCGUCGCCGGCGGACCCCGGGAGCCCCGCCGCCACCGCCCAAGUCUGAGUGGGCCGCCCUCGAAUAUUCCCCCUAGUCCCUACCCCCUCUUCACACUCCCUGCAGGCAUCAACA